AUGUGGGACAGCUUUGAGUCUGAGUCGUCGUCAGAGGACGGUGUAGACGACGGCAACGGCGAAGACCAAAGCCAAACGUCUCGAAAGUCGUUGGAGAAGCGCCGGGCCAGCAAGAAGGGUAGAUCCAUCAGUAGUUCGACCACGAGCAAUCACCGCCACAACAACAGGAGGAGCUCUCGGAGUACUACGCUCGAGUCUGAUGGUACACAGAAAAAGACGGGUAUCGUGCGUGAGAGAACAGAGAGACGCAAGAAAAAAACGUCGUACGGCGGAGGCAAGGGAGGUGGUGGCGGUAGCCAAAGCAGCGCCGACUCCGAGACCCACCAUAACAGUUCUACGCCGAAGAUUAGAACAGGAGAUAAGGUUGUGGUGUAUCUCCCGUCCGGGGGCAAAGCGAAAGGCGUCGUGUCCGUUGAAUCCUCUCGGGACAGGUACGAGAUCACUCUCGAGAACGGCGAAGUCGAGAAACGUGUCCAUUCGAGAAACAUAGCUCUGGCUUCGAAACACCGAAGCCACCGUCGCAACCGGUCGGACCAAGCUAGAAGCUCAAGCAGUCGGUCCCAGGCGAAGAAAAACACGAGAAGGCGUCGAGAGUCUCGAGCGGACGCCCCGGGCCGCGAGCAAAGCCAUGGCGAUGAAUCAGGGUUGGAACCUGAAUCGCGCACGCCACGCGAACAGCGAUCUAACUCUUCUUGGGUCCUCGGAGCUACCCCACCUUCUUCCGCAGAAGCACUAGUCGGGCAACGCAAGGUAGGGGAGGAUGACCAACCCGUGAGUUUGCCCUCUACAGGCCCAUCAACGGUAGCGUCUGCGGCCAGCGGCGGAGGCGACCCGAUCCAGCCGCCACCGGUCGCAGAGAGCCAUUCUCCCGAUACCGCUCCAACCCGACGUACCUCCCCGCCACCCGUCGAAGCCCUCGUUAGUGAGUCAGAGCGCGAGACAAGCAAUGGAGAGAGAGGAUCGUCGCUUGAUAGAGGAUCGUUGCAUGAAAGAGGCUCUUCGCCGCUGUCGAGCAAGGUCCGGCAGGCCCAGGGGCUUUUGAAGACGAUGUUUUGGAGGAAAGGAGAGGAGCAAGGCGGCGGGGGGGGCAGUAGUGGUACAGAGGGUGGGCGUAGCGCUAGUCGACGGUGGUCCAGAGGGAACUCACUAUCCCGCAGGUUCUCGGGGGGUUCCGGCGAUGAUCCCGGAGAGAACGUACGGAACUUGAAUUCUGUUCCCGUCUCAGGAGACGAAACCCAGCGAAAAAAAAGCACCAACAAGCUCGACUCCCCAAUACCCACGUCUGAGCACAGCGAAGACGCAGCAGCAAGUACGCCGCUGGGUGCAGCUGCCCUGAAAGGGCACGCCCGAAGGCUUAGCCGAGGGCUAACGCGCGGCAGGUCAAGGAAUCGCAACGACAGCCACGCGGGGGCCGGCUCCGCGUCUCCCGCCACGUCUCGCUCUCCUAGCCUGGCCACGAAACUAGGGAUGACUCUUCGUGGAGCGAUCAUGGGGAAGACACAGCUAGGCGUGCACAAUCCUCACGCCGCCGAUGUACACACUCCAGCAGCAAACCUUUCGGAUGCGGACGCCGGGAGCGACGCCACAUACUCGACCGGCGCCAGCAGCGCCAAGAGGGACGAGUCUCGGCGUGAGCGUCGAGCCAGCAGGCCAAGGGGCGGGGCACUACUUGAUGGCGGGAAGGACCACGGCGGCGUUUCCAGUGACGGCUUCGACAGCGAUAUCUUCCGCCAGGACAGCCCGAUGGCCGCGACGGCCUACGGGGGCGACCCCAGGAACCUGCCCGACGCCGUGUACUCGUACAUUGGCGCGCGGGAGAAGAUGGAGCACGAGAUGAGCGCGUCGGGGCCCGUUUUCCUCCCGCGCGUUGACAACCUAGCCGCCAAGACGGUCGCAGAGGGAGCGGUGCCGGCUUGGGGGAAGCUGCGGGGGGGCUCUCUGGAUAUCACCAAGCAGGCGUCGUCUACGACGCAGCGGACGGAGCAGCACCAACCGUUCACAGAGGCCAUGUUCAAGGCUGGAGUUUCCGAGACCCGGCAUUCGACGAAGCAGGGGAUUUUGCUCGAGGGGGACUUGCAGAAGUUCAGCCCGGAGUCCAUGCGUGGCGUUCGCUGGCACAAGCGGUACUUCGUGCUCUACGCGUGCGCCUGCGAGCUGCGCUACUACCGGACUCACGCCGAGGCCGCGUGGGGCCGGAUACCCUUGGGGGAGAGGGGAUCCAUUCCUCUCCGCCUGGUGGUAAAGAUAGAGCAACCGUCGGACAAGAAGUACCGGGGGUGCCGUUUCGACCUCGUGGUGCUGCACAAGGGCGAAAGCCGCCACCCAGGCCUGCACAUCCGUCCCGGGCAGGAGUCGCGGGUCAGGACCACCAAAACGUUCAAGUUUAACGCCGCGGACGCCCAACAGCGCCUCCUCUGGGUCACCGUCAUCGAGGCGCUCAUGAAGAGGCACGGCUGGGGCAUGGAUGCCGAUCGCUGCCGCAGCAUGCGCGCGCCACGGCACGGAGGCCUGACCGCAGGGGCGGGUGACUCGCUUGCCUGGGGUAACACGUGGGGUGGAGGGGAGGCGGAGGGAACCGAGCCUGCGGUCAAGCGACAUGUGUCUCUUCGAUUGAACGAUGGGCUAAACGGUGCUGAAGCCGUUCAGGAGGUUUCCUCUCCACUCAGGGCCGAUCACAGGCAGCAGGAAAGGUCUCGCAAGGGGUCUAAGUCUUCUGUCAUGAAUUUCGUCGAGGAUCGAGAUGACGGCGACCUGAACCUCCAACAGGGGCCUCACCAUCAGCAGAACGACGAAGAAAUGCUCGCCAUGCUCCGCGGGACAACGUCGCCCGCCCCGCAGCUGCAGCAGAGAGGCCUCAGCAUCCCCUACAGCCCGGGGGGAAAGAGGGGUAGUUUGACCACCGGCGCCCUGUCUCCUCCCAUGCCGUUCGGAGGUGCCAGGCGCCAAAGCUCACUUAAGUCGGACCACCUGCGGUGGUAA